AUGGAUGACCCUGGAAAUGCGGGCGCGUGGCCGGCCCCGCCUGAAAAGACCCAAGAGCAAAGACAAAAGGAGCAUGAUGCAAGGAUCAAAAAUGCAAAGAUGCAGCCCCCCUCGCCUCACUUGACGGCCCCGAAGAACCCGAAGCCGAAGAAGAAGAAAGAGCAGCCGAAACAGGACAAGGGUAAAAAAGACAAACCACAAGAUAACUUCAAGCAGCACGAGCAAGAUAUUAUGAAGGAAGAGCCAGAACUGACGGACUUGGCUUCAGUCAACUCAGGAGCAUCUGGGAAUCAGCAAGACGAAUUGCUGGUUACAAUCAAGAACACCACUACGAUUGAGAGCGACAGACCACUGACUCCCCAAGAGAUUCGGGCACACAGUCCUCAAAUGUCACCACAGGAGAUCGAGAAAAUAGUGAAGCAAGUCGAAGACAUUCACAGCCAACGAAGUGGCGGAAGCAGUGCGAAUCAUUCCGGAGAUCUCUCGCCAUUUCAAAUUACUCCAAAACCGCAACAAGGAGGAGCAAAAGGGGAAAAAUCUCCUUCCAAAAAAGGAGGUGCCAACAGUACCCAGGGAUCGAAACCAGACUCAAGACCCGAUUCCGGAGGUCGUGGGCGAGGCGCCGCGGGAGGAAGAGGCUCUAGACCUGCGUCUGGAGCACCCGGUAAAGGUCGCGGAAAUUCGCCGUCCCCAAAUGGCGGUCGCGGGAGAUCUAGGGGAAGAGGAAUGAAUCAAAAUCAAGGACAAGGACCAGGCUCUCAACCAUCUAAUGCUUCAAGUCCGAGAGCACCAGGAAAGAAAAAUGAUCCGCAAAUUGAUAUGGGAAUUGCUCUUCCUCAAAAGCAUCAAGGAGCCAAACAAGUUAUGUCGGACACUGGAUCAUUUGCUCAGCCAGCCAGGCAACCACAUCAUCCUGGCCAGCAAGGUGCCGGAAGCAAAACUGGAUCAAUUGCAGAUAUGUAUGGUAACUAUGGAUCUAUGGUGGGCAGCCAUGGACAAGAGCAAAUGUCAGGAAGCUUGCAUGGUCAACAGCGAGCCAGUAAACAUAGUGGUGUAGGAGGUCAAAUAGACCCCAACGGGAAGUACGAAAAUUUGGACGAAUCAGGAUCACACGCCGGGUCACACGCUGCUGCUGCUGCACGUGGUCGAGGUUUGUCUGGUUCGCAGCAAGGAGCAAGACCAGGAUCUCGCGAUGGUUCUCAAGGAGGACCUGGUUCACGAGCAGGAUCCCAACAGCGACCUGGUAGGCCUGGAUCUCGUGAUGGAUCUCAGUUUGGACCUGCUGGCUCCCAGCAACAAGGACCUCCUGGGUCACACCCAAGCAUGCAGCAAGGACCUCCCGGAUCAAUACCUGGUUCUCAGCAUGGCGGACCACCAGGUGCUCGGGGCAGUCAAAUUUCCGGAUCUCAGGCUGGUGUCCCUGGUACCAGAGGUAGUCAGAUGACCGGUUCUCAAGGUGGACCGCCUGGAAGUCGAGGAAGUCAAAUGACAGGAUCACAGGGAGGACCACCGGGAAGCAGGGGAAGUCAAAUGUCAGCUUCGCAAGAAGGGGCUUCCGGAAGUCAUGGCAGUCACAUGGCGGGAUCUCAGGGUGGACCUCAGGGCAGCAGAGGAAGCCAGAUAACCGGAUCCCAAGGAGGACCACCGGGAAGCAGGGGAAGCCAAAUGACUGGAUCGCAAGGAGGACCACCUGGUAGCCGAGGAAGUCAAAUGGCUGGUUCACAAGGAGGACCUCCAGGAAGCAGGGGAAGUCAAAUGACGGGAUCCCAGGGAGGACCACCGGGAAGCAGGGGAAGCCAAAUGAAUGGAUCACAAGGAGGACCUACCGGCAGUCGAGAAAGUCAAAUGGCUGGAUCGCAAGACGAGGCCCCCGGUAGUAAAGGAAGUCAGAUGGCGGGAUCUCAAGGAGGACCUCCUGGUAGCCGAGGAAGUCAGAUGACCGGAUCCCAAGCGCAAGGUGGACCACCUGGAAGCAAAGGAAGCCAGAUGACUGGUUCUCAAGGGGGUCCUCCAGGAACUCGAGGAAGUCAAAUGAGUGGAUCGCAAGGAGGUCCACCUGGCAGUCGCGGAAGCCAGAUGACUGGAUCUCAAGGAGGUCCUCCAGGAAGCCGAGGGAGUCAAAUGGCUGGAUCGAAGGAUGGACCACCCGGAAGCAAAGGAAGUCAGAUGACAGGCUCACAAGUGGGACCGCCUGGAAGUCGAGGAAGUCAAAUGACUGGAUCUCAAGGAGGUGCUCCUGGAAGCAAAGGAAGCCAAAUGUCUGGAUCUCAAGCCGGUCCACCAGGAAGUCAGAUGGCUGGAUCCCAGGGAGGGCCGCCAGGAAGCAAGGGCAGUCAAAUGACAGGAUCACAAGGAGGCCCUACUGGUAGCCGAGGAAGCCACAUGUCUGGAUCUCAAGCUGGUCGGGGAAGUCAAAUGUCUGGAUCUCAAGCUGGUCGGGGAAGCCAAAUAUCUGGAUCGCAAGCUGGUCGAGGAAGCCAAAUGUCUGGAUCUCAAGCUGGUCGGGGGAGCCAAAUGUCUGGAUCUCAAGCUGGCCCUCCAGGAAGCCAAAUGACAGGCUCGCAAGGAGGGCCGCCUGGCAGCCGAGGAAGCCAGAUGGCUGGAUCGCAGGCUGGUCGGGGAAGCCAGAUGUCGGGAUCCCAAGGUGGCCCACCGGGCUCACAACCACAGGGCUCUCGGGUGAGUGGUGUGAGUGGUUCAGUUUCAAGGGACUCUAAGCUAAGCGGUGGUAUGGGAGGUUCCAGGUCUGGAAGCGCAAUGAGUGGAGGAGCACCGGCUGAUUCUCGGGUGAGUGGAGUUACUGGUUCAUCUGCUCAACGUGCAUCUGGUGUUAGCGGUGGUUCACAGGGUUCCCAGCAGGACCCAGAGGGAUUCGAAGUUCUCCGACCCAGUGGUACUAUCUCAAAAAGCGCAGGAUCUGUGCCGAAGCAAAGGGGAAGCAGUGCGAGUGGGGGUACCAUGUCUAAGUCAAGCGUUGUCGCAAGUCAGGCCCAAUCCCGUCCCAGUGAUGCUGGCUCUGAUGGUACAGGAGCUAGACAGAGUGGUGCCAUGAGUGGAUCACGAGUGACUGGGUCUCAAUCUAUGGGUAGAGGUAGUAGGACUAGUGGUAUGAGUGGGGGUCCAGGCAGUCAGAUGACAGGUAGCAGAAGUGCAGGGCGCGGUACUGCAGUGUCGGGUAGCCAGGGUGGAGAUCCGACCGCUGGUACUAGGUCUAGAUCUAGCAAUGCUUCUGCCAUGUCUGGCGGGUCUCAGGCUGGCGGUCCAGGUGGAAUGAGUCAGCAUAGGUUGAGUGGUGCCACUUCAGCGUCCGGUGCCUCUAGAUCUGUUGUAAGCGGUGGCACGACCCAGGCUAGAACCGGUGCUUCUGGUGUCGCAGGUCCACAGCAGCAGAGAAUGAGCGAUGCUAGUGGAGUUUCAGGUUCCAAGGUAGGCAGCAUGAUGACCGGUAGCAGGAGUGUUAGUGCCGGUGGACCAGCUGGAAGCACUCCUAGAACUAAGGGAAUGUCUGGAAGCAUAGCUGAGGGAAGCAUGAGUAGACCAAGUGGAGCAACUGGGGGAUCUGCUGUUUCUGGAUCUCAAGCCAGACAGAGCGGCAUGUCCAGAGAGAGUCUUCGCAGCGGUGGAUUCGGUAGCGCAGCCGGCGAGUUGCCGGGAAGUGGCGCGGGAAGCAUGGCAAACACUGGUGAGAGUGGAGUAAGCACUGGAUCCAGGACCAGCGGAAGCCCUUCGACCGGGUCCGAUUCCUCCUCGAGUCGAACAACUUCGAAUGCCCAAUAA